AUCAGAGAUUCCAAGCAAAAGCACAACUUGGUGAAGAUGAGCUGGGCAAGUGGAAUAUUUUUGAUUGUGGUCGUUGCAUUGGUGCAAGCAAAACCACAGUAUGAGGUGCAAGUGCAAUCACCUGUCUCAUUUUCAUACACUCCUGGAAAUCAAAACCAACUAUUUGAUGGCACUUGCUGUUCACCUAAUGAAACGAACAGCUGCUCGUCUAAUGAAACCAACUACUGCUUUACUGCAUGCAAUGAAACUCAAAUCAUCCUCUGCUUCAGAGAGGCUCAGCAUUCAACAAAUGACUCAGACUCUACCAACUGUCCUCUAGGAAUGGCAACAUUCCUUUUUGAUACAGUGGCUAAUAUCACAUACAGUUCUACAGCAAACCUAACCACUACCACCACGUAUACAGGGAGUUUCCAACUUUUCUACAAAGUGGUAGCUUUGCAGCCAGUAAAAGAGAUCGACCAUGGAGCCGUAAUCACUCUCAACUAUACAGUACAAGAUACUUUUAUGCGUCCAAUAGUAAACAGUGGAGAACAAACAUUUCUAUUGAUUCGGGGCAUAAGAGUGGUGUGCAGAGAAGGCUACUUUGGUCCUGACUGUGGUUGUAGCACACGAAACGACUCCACUGGACACUUUACCUGUGAUACUAAUAGUACCAAGGUGUGUUUCCCUGGUUACCAGAACCCUGAGACAAACUGUGUAGAAGAGGAACGAAGUACACAAGAGCCUGCAAUAACCAUGAGCAGCAGUUUGGCUACUACCACUAUAUCAUCUAGAUCUGCUAUUGCGGAUAUUAUACCCAUUAUAGGCGGAGGUGUUGCCGGGGGGUUGUUGGUGUUGCUAUUGAUGCUGACUGUUAACGUUGUGUUGGUGGUUGCUGCUAUCAAAUUCAAGUUUACUGCGCAACAUUCAAGAGCUCAAGUUGAUGAGCACAUUACCAUGGGAGCCAAUCCAGUUUAUGAUAUGAAAUAAAGACUGAGAUGAAAGCGACACUUAUUAUGAACUCUAUCCUAACUCAUUGUCAUUACGGUACAUAGUGACAAUACAAAAUGAAGGCCUCUAUAUUAUUAUACACAUCAUGGUUUCAUACAUGCAGUAUAGAUAAUACGAAAAUUACU